CAAAGGUUGAUAAGAAAAAAUGGCUGCCGGGUGCGCUUGGUUCCUGGUGUUGGGAUCUGUCUUUUUGUGCAAUCUCUUCAAAAUACUGUUGCCCACCAUUUCCUCUUUCGUAAGUAGCGGUUGUUUAGACAUUGGUCGUGUAAGAAAUGCAGGGUUGGCUUGUAAAUCAUGUAAUGUUUUGGCAGAUUUGCCCAGGUUGGAUUAGCUAGCUUGCUAUUUUACCUCUCGCGCCCCUCAAACAACAACGAAGCUAACCAACCAUUCCAUCCUGUUGGUAAAUUGUUACAUUAUAUCAUGGAAGGUGUGUUAGGCUGAUAACAGUGCCAUACAGAGCCAGUUAGAUAAUGCCGUGUAGUUAUCUAUUGGGUGCAGAUUCAAAUAGCAACCAUAACAUGUAAAUAAAUCUGAGGUCUGAUGGUAUUUCUAGCAUAUAGGCAUAGAAUAUGGGUUGUUAUAAACUGGGUGGUUCGAGCUCUGAAUGCUGAUUGGCUGAAAGCCAUGGUAUAGGAGACCAUAUACCAUUGGUAUGACAAAACAUUUAUUUGUAAUGUUCUAUUUACUUUUGUAACCAGUUUAUAAUAGCAAUAAGGCACCUCUGGGGUUUACGGUAUAUGACCCACAUACCAUGGCUAAGGGCUGUAUCCAGGCACUCUGCUGUGCUUAAGAACAGCCCUUAGAUGUGGUAUAUUGGCCACCACACCCCCCCGUGCCUUAUUAAGCAAUACAGUCCUAAACCAGGUGUUACAUGUUCUCAUGCAGUAAACCAUAAAUGACCCAAGGAGGCAGAAACAUACUUGUCACUUGCCAAGGCAAUUUAAUUACAAAGAAAAUAGACUUUUAAAUGAGUAAAACAUUUGGUACCCUACAUGUGAAUGCAAUUACAUUUUUACAUUUUAGUCAUUUAGCAGAUGCUCUUAUCCAGAGCGACGUACAGUUAGUGAGUGGAUAAUUUUUAAAAAAUUCAAUUCAUGAACGUCAUUGUAUCAGAACAACACAUUUAACAGGAUGACGUACAGUGUUUAUCGGACAUAAUACAACUUUCCAAUACCUUGGCACUUUUGUUGCAGUAACAUAUACUGGUAACUAGCUCUCAAACUCUAGGCGGCAUUCUGCCUUCUACCUACAGUUUUCAGCCAUUAGCUUCGUCCACGACUACCUCAUGUGAACUACAAUCCUGACGCUUUGUUUUAACGUUUAGAAACAUCACUAAUCAUCGCUUGCGAUAUGGCUUUCGAAACAUAUGGCCUUUAUCUUUCAUCAGGGAGAAAGAAUGUUUAAAAUAAAAAAAUAUACACUUACUGUAGCAGUUUUGCACAGAUCCAUACAGCUAUGGCUGCCUUCAUCCGACGAAACUACACUUCCCGAGUUACGUUUACACACAGGUGUUCGGAGCGUGCUAAUUAGCACUGGUGGCCGCCUCUUGGCUUCCAUAAACAAGCGCUGUAACAUGGAGAUACGGCCGUGUGGGAACACUGACCCAAAACCUAUCAAGGUGUGUAUCAAUUUAACCUUUAUUUCUCGCUGAUAUAAAAGGUAAGGUCCUUAUGCUUCCAAAAUCAUACCUCAAGCGACGCGUGUUAAUGUUCAGAUUGAGCGUCGGACGCCUUCGUCCAAUGACUUAUGUGUAAUGAAACAGAGUCAUGAUCAAGGGCUAACUGGUAACCAUCCCAAAGUUAUCUCCUAUGAGAAACCAGGCUAAACCUGUAGUGUAUUAGCCCUGCUGCAGGCAGAUGGCGCUAUCAUUCCUUACGUAUUUGGUCAUUUCCCUUUGAAAAUGACAAGACUUAUGGAAUAAUAGCGCCAUCUGGUGGCAGCAGGCCUAGUAGUGUGUGUUUGCUAUGUUCUAGCGAAAUAUACAAUGAAAUGUUUGUCUGUUGGGAUGUGAAGUUGUCGAAGGUCCUUCAGAACGAUGCUGAGCAGGAGAGGGAUAUGAGGGCUGAGAUCCAGGAGAUGAAGAAGGAGCACAACUCCGUUAGCAUGAUGGAUGAGUUCGCCAGAUACGCCAGACUAGAGCGCAAAAUCAACAAGAUGACGGACAAGCUGAAGACACAUGGUAAGAGAGACACACAAUUUAAAUUGAUGUCCGCAUGACAUUUUCCACUUUUAUAGACGUUUUUUCUGGAUCAAAAAUGGGUGUGGCAGAGGGCGUGGCAAUUCUUAUGCUCAAACAUAAUAACAAAUUCAAUACUGUUAAAUUCAUUGCUUUUGGAAUUUGUAAUUCUCCGUGACUUUCUAGCUUUUAUUUUGGUUAUUGUUAGUUCUCAAAGGUUAUUUAUUUAUUCUACAUACUUUAUAUCUGGUUUUAGUUGUUUAAGUUUACACUGAAAACGUUUUUCCAUCCCAAAAAUUAUUUGUAUUAUAUAUUUUUUAAUUUAACACUGUUUGGACUUAGGUGUGCCGAAAAAAUGCUUAGGCUGCCCGCCCAAGGAUUACAAUGGCAGAAAAAUCCCUGAUAGAGAUAAAAGUGAGACAUUAUCACACCUUUGUUAGGGUUAGAUGAAAGUCAGACUUUUACUAUAGCUCAGUGGAGGCUGGUGGGAGGAGCUAUAGGAUGUUUGAUACCAUUCCAUUGAUUCCAUUACAACUAUUAAGAUGAGCCCCUCCUCCUGUAGCUCCUCCCAAAUCAAAUCAGCAGAUGUCACAAAGUGCUUAUACAGAAACCCAGCCUAAAACCCCAAACAGCAAGCAAUGCAGAUGUAGAUACAGAUGCUAUAGCUCCCUCAUUUACAACCUCUGAUCUUCUAUACGAUAAGCGGCAAAAAGGUGGGAAACCAAAUGAUCCAUACCUCUAGGUUUUUCAAACUGCUCUCUUUAUUUUUAUUUUAUUUUACCUUUAUUUAACUAGGCAAGUCAGUUAAGAACAAAUUCUUAUUUACAAUGACGGCCUACACCGGCCAAACCCGGACGACGCUGGGCCAAUUGUGCGCCGCCCUAUGGGACUCCCAAUCACAGCCUCGCUACUGCCUAUAUGGGACUUGCAUGUUAACGCACCACGUGUGGACAGUGGGAGGUGGGGUUUAGAUAACAGACUGAGUGUUCACUGGAGGGCCUCGUGGUGCAGCUGCUGCCUGUUGCUCUCCUUCAUGUCCAGGCCACAGCUCUGAGCUCUACAGAGGCAGGAAGCAUAGUAUAGAGCUCCAUUACGAGUGGGUGUCAUAUAGACACACACCCCAUUGACUAUCAGACAACAACCAAAUGUCUCCAACAGCCAUUUGCCAAGAGUUAAUCAGACAACAACCAAAUGUCUCCAACAGCCAUUUGCCAAGAGUUAAUGUUAUAUGGUCCUCUGUAGCUCAGCUGGUAGAGCACAGCGCUUGUAACGCCAAGGUAGUGGGUUCGAUCCCCGGGACCACCCGUACACAAAAAAUAAAUAAAAAUGUAUGCACGCAUGACUGUAAGUCGCUUUGGAUAAAAGCGUCUGCUAAAUGGCAUAUUAUCAUUAUUAUAUGAAUGGUAGCCUUUGCAUUACACUAUGGCGCCUGCCCUGCAACCGUAAGGGUUAUGACAGAGCAAACAGGGAAAUAUUAUACUCAGAUGGGGAUUUUCUUUGUUGAUGAAAAAUUAUGUUAUGGACAAAUUCUCAGGAAUGAGAAUGGUUUGUUUAGAAAACAUUCCUCAGUGGUGUUCUGUUACAGUAUUUUUACAGUGGCAAAUACAGGUUGUGACAAAAACCCCAAGGCAAUUUUUAUGUUUUGGUUUGAAAAUACCUAGUUUUGAAUUUGUCAAAAUGACCAAAAAAGUCCACACGUUCACUCUUUACCACAUUGUUUAGAUGAGUCACAACGUAGGUGACCUUGAUAUAUGGUGUUUCGUACGUUGAGAAAACCAACUUUUUGUCUCUAGAGCCUCCCUACUGUACACCCAAACAGCUGUCUCUCACUCGCUCCCCCGCUGUCUCAGUUCAGGGCCACUGCCUAUCAACCAACGUGCCUUCAAGUUCAAAUCCUGUUGUUCAACGACAGGAAUAUUUAACUAUUUUGGAAUGAAAAGCGUUUUCACAAUGAAAUGCACCACAUGCGUAUUUCUCCAGUCAUAUGCACUGUAUACACUGGUCACACAUCAGUCUUAUUUGUCCCUGCCAACCCCUCCCUUAUGCCAUACCAUAAAAAGCAGGUUCUAUUCCAAUGCAUGUUGUGUAGUAUACACUGAAAUUAAUUGUGAAGAACACCCAAAAGUUAACUGUUAUUAGAUCUGUCAAAAUUCCUAACAUUACUGUAUGUUUGUAGGCAUUUUAGUGGAUAUUUAUUUGAUAUUUAGAGAAUGGAUACCAAUAAUUCAUUUAGAUGGUUCCUGCGCAGAUAAGAUUGAUCAGUUUUUUUUUCUUCUUCUUACAGUCAAGUCAAGAACUGCUCAACAAGCCAAAAUGAAAUGGAUGGUGAAUAUAGGUUUUUACAUCCUGCAGGUGAGUGUUAAACAUUGAAAUGAGAAAUAUGUCCUAUAUUCUUUAAUAGGUACAAAAUAUACAGUGGGGGAAAAAAGUAUUUAGUCAGCCACCAAUUGUGCAAGUUCUCCCACUUAAAAAAGAUGAGAGGCCUGUAAUUUUCAUCAUAGGUACACGUCAACUAUGACAGACAAAAUGAGAAAAAUACAUCCAGAAAAUCACAUUGUAGGAUUUUUAAUGAAUUUAUUUGCAAAUUAUGGUGGAAAAUAAGUAUUUGGUCACCUACAAACAAGCAAGAUUUCUAGCUCUCACAGACCUGUAACUUCUUCUUUAAGAAGCUCCUCUGUCCUCCACUCGUUACCUGUAUUAAUGGCACCUGUUUGAACUUGUUAUCAGUAUAAAAGACACCUGUCCACAACCUCAAACAGUCACACUCCAAACCCCACUAUGGCCAAGACCAAAGAGCUGUCAAAGGACACCAGAAACAAAAUUGUAGACCUGCACCAGGCUGGGAAGACUGAAUCUGCAAUAGGUAAGCAGCUUGGUUUGAAGAAAUCAACUGUGGGAGCAAUUAUUAGGAAAUGGAAGACAUACAAGACCACUGAUAAUCUCCCUCGAUCUGGGGCUCCACGCAAGAUCUCACUCCAUGGGGUCAAAAUGAUCACAAGAACGGUGAGCAAAAAUCCCAGAACCACACGGGGGGACCUAGUGAAUGACCUGCAGAGAGCUGGGACCAAAGUAACAAAGCCUACCAUCAGUAACACACUACGCUGCCAGGGACUCAAAUCCUGCAGUGCCAGACAUGUCCCCCUGCUUAAGCCAGUACAUGUCCAGGCCCGUCUGAAGUUUGCUAGUGUGCAUUUGGAUGAUCCAGAAGAGGAUUUGGAGAAUGUCAGAUGAAACCAAAAUAGAACUUUUUGGUAAAAACUCAACUCGUCGUGUUUGGAGGACAAAGAAUGCUGAGUUGCAUCCAAAGAACACCAUACCUACUGUGAAGCAUGGGGGUGGAAACAUCAUGCUUUGGGGCUGUUUUUCUGCAAAGGGACCAGGACGACUGAUCCGUGUAAAGGAAAGAAUGAAUGGGGCCAUGUAUCGUGAGAUUUUGAGUGAAAACCUCCUUCCAUCAGCAAGGGCAUUGAAGAUGAAACGUGGCUGGGUCUUUCAGCAUGACAAUGAUCCCAAACACACCGCCCGGGCAACGAAGGAGUGGCUUCGUAAGAAGCAUUUCAAGGUCCUGGAGUGGCCUAGCCAGUCUCCAGAUCUCAACCCCAUAGAAAAUCUUUGGAGGGAGUUGAAAGUCCGUGUUGCCCAGCGACAGCCCCAAAACCUCACUGCUCUAGAGGAGAUCUGCAUGGAGGAAUGGGCCAAAAUACCAGCAACAGUGUGUGAAAACCUUGUGAAGACUUACAGAAAACGUUUGACCUGUGUCAUUGCCAACAAAGGGUAUAUAACAAAGUAUUGAGAAACUUUUGUUAUUGACCAAAUACUUAUUUUCCACCAUAAUUUGCAAAUACAUUCAUUAAAAAUCCUACAAUGUGAUUUCUCUGGAUUUUUUCCCCUCAUUUUGUCUGUCAUAGUUGACGUGUACCUAUGAUGAAAAUUACAGGCCUCUCAUCUUUUUAAGUGGGAGAACUUGCACAAUUGGUGGCUGACUAAAUACUUUUUUCCCCCACUGUACAUACCUUUUUUAAAUGUCUGUUGUCACCAACAGAGACAUGCACAAGUGAUUGUGAAGCACUGAAUCAGGCUGUUUUCUGUUGUCUCUCUAGGCUGCUCUGAUGAUCUCACUGAUUUGGAAGUAUUAUGCUGACCCAGUGACUGUUGUACCCAGUAAGUGGAUUGCCCCCCUGGAGCGGCUGGUGGCUUUCCCAUCUGGAGUAGCAGGUACAUUGUGUGAUUACAACGCCUGAGAAUUGAGGCCCACUCGCUUUCACUUGGGUUAAUUCAUUGUAAUCAAGUUUAAGAGUUAGUAUUGGCUAAUUAUAGACGACUACUGAACGUCUCUUUUAUUCGGUCUUUUUAAACACUGAAGAUAGAAUCACAUGACUCUUUUCCCCUCUUAACAUGGAAUUUAAAACUCUGUGUUGCACUUUCUUUUCUUUUGAAAACUGACAUCAAAUACUACUAACUGCCAACUCUGACCAUAACUAUUUGAACCCAGUCUUUGUAUCCUUUCAGGUGGUGUUGGAAUCACAUGCUGGCUGGUGGUGUGCAACAAAGUGGUGUCUAUUGGUCUACAUGCUGUUAGCUAAGGAAUGGUAUCUUUUCAUGUCUUAUUUAUUCCCCAAAUGCUCUGAGAAUAAAGUCAGGCGGUGUUACUCAGCGCAUUGAUAUUAAAGUGUAAAUCGGUACUGUUGGUAAGCACUUUUACAAAGCACCACAUAUUCAAACGUUGCCUUACAUUGCUAGUGUUAUUGCACAUAUUUGACGGUCUCUCAUGUUGGCUUUGGAAUCGGAUGUUAUUUCACAAAUUGCUACACUGCGUAAUGAUUGUAUGAGCAUGUUUUAAUGACCAUUUAUUUAAAUCUCAUUCCAACUUAUUGAAAUGAGUUGAGCAAGAAGUGUUAAAAUUGUUUAAUAUUGUUAUGUAAUUUUGUUAAUUGUUAUUCAUGUUAAUUGUAGGCAUGGUCUGUGGCACAUUUUCAUUUGCUGAAUGAAAGCUGAACUAAUAUCACAAAGUUUACUGUUUGGGUUUUGGAAGUGUUGAAGUAUGCAUACUUCAACA